ACGCAGUUAGUAGCCAUGUUAAUGGAAGAGGAUAACAAGGACAAGGGAGUACCAAUAAGUUUUGGGACUACACAAGACCGGAAAUUGUUUCCCCAUCAUUGUGCCUUCAACAGACUGGGCAAUCUAGAUGGUAUAAGAGGUGAAACCCAUCUGGGACCUGACAAGUACAAUGUAGACAAGUUCAACAGUAUAGAUUACAACAUCAAGACAAAACCUACAAACAAUCUGGGAUAUUCUCUAGGGGCCAGAACUGCUAGCAGGAUUCCAAACUUGAAAUGUAGAAAUGGAUAUUUUGCCCAUGAUCUGAGCAGAGGAAUAGAGUUAACGUUUCCCGGCCCAACUUCUUACCAAAAUGAGGAGAAGAAAUCGGUCAAGAAAAACAAGGAAGCCUUCAACAACUCUUCUCUUAGAUUUCAACCAGAGGGCAAAUCUACUGUCUACCAGCCUGCUCCCGGAACUUACGAGCACGAUGUAAAAAGGUUCAGAAGAGUGGAGUUUGCAGGAUCAUUCGGAGGAAAGCAGCAGUUGAAGGAGACGAUCUCUAUAAAAUGUGUUCAAAACAACGAGGAUAUUUGUGAUUCUUGCAAGAGACCCCCAAUUGGGGACUAUUUCACUUACAAAGCCCGAGCCUUGUGUAGAAACUGCCACUCCUUCCACUCGGCUUACGGAGAGAAAUACCCUCCCUCGUAUCUGCAAGCUUUCUCAAAAGUAAGGGACUGCUCCGAGAUUCACCAUCACGAGGGAACUACCGCCAAAAUUAAACUAAGAGACCCGAAACUUGAGAGGAAACAGAGGUACCGCGAAGCUUACUUCCACCAGUACUUCCACUAAUCUUCCCGCUUUGUUAUUAUUAAAUAUUAGGUGAUUACUUAUAAUUAGAUGAUUGGAUAAUCACACCGUGGUAUGUAAUAACUGGAACAGAAAUACUUUGAAACUUUAUAAAGUUUGAUUAUUCUGGUUUAAUUAAGUAUAGCCUGGUAGCAGAAACUUUAUUACUGAUACCCUGUAUCCAAUAUCCAUGCAUGAAUAAUUGAUAUACAAGUUAUCGCCAAGUUUGCAUGAUUUUUUGAAUCGUGUACUAAUAAUAACAAAAUAUUUUUCGUCUCGAAAGUCUAAAUAUGUUAGAAAAUCUGCUAUUUUAUUUCCAAGAUAAACUAAAGAAGUUCUUAUGAUUUGUGGAUGGAAUUCUAUUAAAAUUUUCCGAUUUUAUGAUGGACAGAACCGUUAAAAAUAUUAUCAGAUUUUACCAAAGAGUUGCAUUGUAAAUUAGAUUGUAAAUAUACCUUCUUUUCAGAA